AUGAGCGAUCUGCAACAUAAACUCGGCGCCGUCGAUCCAGAUAGAUUGGAUGAGCAACAAAAAACCCAGUUACUGCAAGCAUGUGACAGACUACGGACUCGGCUGGAGAGUCCUUUGGUGAUUGCCUCACGUCUCAUGUUUUCGGGCCACCAAGGAAUGGCUAUUCGAUUAGCUGUGGACUUGAAGCUGUUUGAUGCUAUAUCCAAGUGUCAUGGUGCGUUCAACAUUAAGCAAUUGCAGAUUGAGGCCGAUCCCCACUUGUCAGAUCUGCCCGCUGUGGUCGCUGGCGUUGAUCUCCCGGGGAUCCAAGUCAUGGCUCACGAUUUCUUCAAAGCACAGCCCGUCCGCAAUGCGAAGGCUUAUUUCUUGCGGACUGUUUUGCAUGAUCGGCCUGAUAUGCAGGCCGUGCAGAUCCUGCGGCGGCUGCGUGCCGCUCUGGGGGCUGAUUCGCUGCUGUUGAUUAGUGAGACGGUUUUGCCUGAAUCUGGGGUUGCGUUGUCUGCUGUUUUGUCCGAUUUGCAUAUGACACUUUUGCGUCGCUGGAACGGACGGAAACGCAGUGGAGGUCUUUGCUUGAGAUGGCUGGCUUCGAGUGGGUGA